UCACUUAACGCUCGCAAUCACUCGCAAUGCUCGCAUCCACGACCGUAAGAUUUCGUGUUCCACUAGCUUGUGGACUGUUGUGGACGUCGUGGUCGAAAACUUAAGUGGAACGACUUAUCGGACUUGUGAACGAUACAAAGAUGGCUGGUGUUGUAGAGAAUAUGUGUAUAAGGCUAAUGCGUGAACGGAAUUAUGUUUCUGAGAGUUCAUCAAGCUCAGAUGACAAUAAUAUCAUGUACCAUUUUUCGCACGCAAAGCAUCUUUUACAGGAACAUUUAAUUCGAGUAAUAUAUUCCUCUCGGAAUCGUACAGCGUUAUUUUUUCAGUCUCCAUCAUUAAUUUGAAUUGAAAAUGGCGCACAAAAAUAUCAAACGACCACAAAGACCCACCUAUUUGAUGUGGGCGAAGCGAUCGCAUCGCGGUCGCCAAUGAUGACGUCAUCGAUGACGUUUCAGGGAUUGCUUACAGCGACCGCAGCCUUAAGUGGAACGAGACAGAGGGUGUUGCGAUCGUUGCGAGCGUUAAGUGGAACGCACCCAAUGUCGUUACCGUAACGCGUGACACUUCGAUUCCGUAGCCAAUCAGAGUACAGAAUGUUUUGUGGCAGAAAACCGUGUUGCCACCGGCGUGCACGUUAACGUUGUCGGAAUACGGAAGAGAUGGGAGUUGGUCAUCUCUCUUUCGACAGCCGAUACGACAUCCGUCAAACGACUUCAUUGUCGAACGCACGUUCCGUCUUCCGACAACAACUUCCGUCAUCCGUCUUACGAGAUUAGUGAAAAAUGAAGCAAAAAAAUAAGGAUUACGACAAUAGCGAGCCAAAAGCAAAGAAAUUGAAAAAAUCUGUCAGUUUUUCUGCUGUUGUCGAUGUUGAUGAAGUGCAACAGAAGAUACCAAAAAAGGCAAAGUUAAUAAAAUCUAAUGUAGAUGAUAACAGUCAUGUUAAAAGGGGUAAAUUUGAAAAACCAGUUGCUGGGAAAAAAACAGAAAAGCCUAAUAAAUUCAAUAGGCCUGAGAAAUCUGCUAAACCAAAUGUAGUAAGAGGCAAAGGUGGUCCACAAUUAUCAAGUAAGACUGGCACAACUGAAAAACCAGAUUGGUUAACUUUUAAGAAAGAGAAAAAGGAACUUAAAGAAAAACGAAAAGCUAAACGACUGUGUAAGGUCUACGAUGUAACUGUACAAGUAAAGAAAAUUGGCGAGAAAUUACGAAGAUCCGAUUGUUCUGCAGAAGAGCGUUUAAAACUAUCGACGGAAUUACAUGAUUUACUAAAAGGUCACUAUAAAAAAAUGAUUUUUACCCAUGACAUUUCCAGGCUUGUACAAUGGAUUUUUAAAUAUGGUAAACCAGACAUUAAAGAGUCUAUCAUAUUAGAAUUAAAACCAUGUAUUGUAUCAAUGUUACAAUCAAAGUAUGCAAAAAAUUGUAUCAAAAUUGCCUUGAAACAUGGUACUAGUGAAAUUAGGUCACUCAUAUUGUUAUCAUUUUAUGGUAAUGUUAUGAACCUAGUGAAUCACAGCAUAUCUGCUCCAAUAAUGGAAUAUGCAUAUUCUACUUGGGCGACAGAAUUACAAAAGUUACACUUCAAGCAAGAAUUCUAUGGUGACAUGUACAAGCAAGCUAAAGACGAUAAAGUAAAAAAGCUUACUGAUGUAUUUAAAUCAGCAGCAGACAUGAAAUCGGCUACAUUGACUGCCGUCAAAAGAAAUUUAAUAAAAAUCCUGAAUAAAAAAUUAAUUAACUCUACUUUGGUACACAUUGUAUUAUGGGAAUUUUUAUCCAACUCCAAUGUAGAAGACAGGAAUGAGUUAAUCGUUAUGUUGAGAAGUUUAGUUCUUCAAUUAUCUGAAUCUAAGGAAGGAACAAAAGCAGCUAUAAUGUGUAUUUGGCAUAGUUCGAACAAGGACCGCAAAAUAGUAAUGAAAUCAUUAAAGGAACACAUAAAGGAUGUUGCAAAUUCGGAGCACGGUCAUUUAAUAUUAUUGGCAUUCUUCGAUUGUGUAGAUGAUACUGUUCUUAUGAAAAAAAUGUUGUUAACUGAAAUACAAAGCAAUUUAACAGAAAUUGCGUUAAACGAGUAUGGCAAGAGAGUUAUAUUGUAUCUCGUAGCGAGAAGAGAUUCUCAUUACUUUCAUCCUGCAGAUAUUGAAUACUUGAAACAAGGAGAUAACAACGCAACAAGUAAAAAACCUGCAGAAUUGCGUGAAAACGAAUUGUUACUAGCCGUCAUCGAUAAGUUCCUGGAAAGCGUAUCUACUGAAACCUCAGUGUGGUUGUCAAAUGGCUCAAUAUCGAUGGUAGCCUUAGCGAUUCUAAAAAGAGGUUCCGGGGAGAAUCUCAAAACUGCAUUCGAAGCAGUAGCUAAGUUCAUUGCAAACUUGGAAUCAAAAAUCGUAGAGAAUGAAGUAGAGUAUAAAGCAAUUGAACAUUCCGGGCUUCACAUGAUGUUAAAGAAACUUAUUCAAAAUGAUAAGAAUAACAUUGAAAAAGGUGAACCAACUUUUGGGGAAGCAUUAAUUGAACUUCUGGAUACAAAUAUAAUUAAACAAUGGAUUGAAUUUAAUCGAGCUUGUUUCCUUUUGAUAACAUUAAUUGAAACUGAAACAAAGCCACUUGUUACUUCUUUAAUUAAUAAGUUACAACCAUUAACUGAAAUCUUGAAGUCGAAAAAAAGUCCAGGUGCAUCAAUUUUGCUAAAGAAAAUCAAAUAGUGUGAUGACAUUAAAAUGUUUCUGAAAACAUGUAUUAAAUACAUUAGGUGCUAAGUUUAAUGUAUUUAUAAGACCAUGUAUAAUAUUUGUAUGCAGUAACAAAGAAAUACACAAGUGAAACUAUUAA